AUGGAUAAAAGUUGGAUUAAUCUCAACAAUAGACGUUUGCGACAAUAUAAGGAUGGAGUCACUGCAUUUAUUAAAUUUGCCAAUGAAAAUAAUCCUCAAAAGGAGAAAAUUCGGUGCCCAUGUCGAUACUACGCAAAUAUAUUUUUUCAGACUUAUGGUAUCAUAGAGAAUCAUUUACUAAUUAAUGGAAUGCAAACAUCAUACAUUGAGUGGAGAUGUCAUGGGGAAACAUCUCAAGCUUUCAGUGAUGCAAAUUUAGGCAGAAGAGAUGUGAAUGAUCUUAAUAAUACAAAUGAAGAGGUUGAUGAGAUUAAAGAAAUCUUGGAGGAUAUACAUAUGGGAACUUUCAUGAACACUACUCCCAAUAAUUCACCAGAUGAGGAAUAUGAUAAUAUUAUCGACAAAGAUGAAAUAGCUAUAUUUGAUAGAUUACUGAAGGAUGCACAAUGUUAUUUAUACCCUGGUUCAGAUUUAUCUAUGUUGUCUGCUCUUAUAAAGUUACUACACAUUAAAGUUCUUAAUCGUUGGACAAAUAAAUCAUUCAACAUGAUCCUUGAAUUCAUAAAAUCUGUCUUGCCAAAGGGUGAAAUACUUCCGUCUUCAUAUUAUGAAUCAAGAAAGAUUCUAUCAGACCUUGCAUUGGGAUGUGGUCAUGCUUGUAAAAAUGAUUGUGCUUUAUUUUGGAAAGAUUAUGAGGCUAAAGAAGAAUGUCCCGAGUGUAAGGAAUCAAGAUGGAAAGUUAAUGAUGGAAAAGGAAAGAAAAUUCCUCAGAAAAUUCUACUUUAUUUUCCCAUUACAUCUCAUUUACAACGUUUAUAUAUUUCAAGAAAAACUGCUCAUGAAAUGAGGUGGCAUAAGAAAAAUAAGUUUGGGGAUGAUAUAUUAAGGCAUCCAGUUGAUUCUAAAGUUUGGAAGGAUUUUGAUAUUAGCUUUCCUUGGUUUGCAUAUGAUUCUCGUAAUGUACACCUUGGAUUAUCUUCAGAUGGAUUCAAUCCUUUUGGAAAUAUGAGCAGUUCGUAUAGUAUAUGGCAUGUCAUUCUUAUGCCAUAUAAUUUACCUCCUUGGAAUUGUAUGUCAUCUGAGUUCAUGUUUAUGACACAAUUAAUUCCUGGUCUAGUUUCUCCUGGGAAAGAAAUAGAUAUAUAUUUAAAGCCCCUUAUAGGAGAAUUAAAUGACUUAUGGGUAAAUGGUGUCAAAACUUAUGAUUUUAUAAGUAGGAAUACCUUUCAAAUGCAUGCUGCUCUUUUAUGGACUAUAAAUGAUUUUCCAGCAUAUGGUAUAUUGUCGGGUCAUAAAGUACGUGGUUAUAAAGCAUGCCUAAUAUGUGACAGUGACACUUCUUCACAAUAUUUGUGA